UGUAGUGGCAUUUUAACAAAUUUAGGUUUUGCUACCAACUAAUUGAAAUUUUAUAGGUUUGUUCCAUCUAUAUUGUGUUAAUCUUCAUUGCGAAGAUUAAUGACAUUGGAUUGUUAAUCAAGUAGAACGAUUUGGUUGCAAGCAGAAAAUCCAGAAGGGGAAGGCAGGGCUCAGUUUCUGACUUACAUAUGGCUGAGGAAUGACUCAAGACCUUAAAGACCCUAAGGGGCAGCAGGUCAGUCUCCAAAGGCCAGUGCCUCCAAAGUCAGAAGCAGCGCUAAAUUUGCCAUGGGGUGCUUCACAGAGAUGUGGUUUUCUUGGGCCCAAACUGUAUCAACUGAUCUUUCCCACAGCAGGCAUCGUCUCCUAAUUCACUUCCAUCUCCCACCACUCCCAUGGGGUGGAUUUUAUUAGAGCAAGCAAGAGGCUUUAUUUAACAAGGGUAGUCCUUGACCCCGUGAGAGCCAGGAACCCUGGUCUUUGGGUCUCGACAAAAUUGCGGUUGCUUUAACUGAAGCUGCCUGUGAUAUAACCUGGGGCAAGUGUGGCAAGUGGCAAGGUUGCCCCUCAAUGGAUUGCCCAGCGCAAAACAAGACGGCCUGGUGUACCAAGAAGGUUAGGAGUGAGAAUUGGGCAGGGGCCGGCCUGUCACUCUACGCAUGCGCCGCACAGGUUCCCACCGCCACUGAACUCGAUCCGAGUUUUGUCAGCCAGGGUGCCUUAUUUCCUUUGGGGCUAACACCUUUCUGAGGAAAGGAAGACCUUAAAACCAGGGGCAGUGAGAUGAAAGGAUAUCCCCUUCAAAUUGUGACUUUCCUCCGUUAAAAACCUCUGCACCUGCCCACUGGCUGGCUACCCCCAGGGAAUUUCUGAAACCAGCGAUUUGCAGGGACUGCCGGAGUUCCGCCCGGAAGUCCCGCCCAACGGAAGUAGGCCAGGCCCAUAAAGCGGGAAACCUGUCAGGCAUCGAGGUCCCACUCACCAGUGUUCCACUUGAGGGAACAGGUUGAUCUGAGGAUACAGAGCGGUCAUCCUGAGCAGGCACCAGACCCUGGAGCAGCCUCCACAGCCUGGAAAAGGUCAUUGACAGAUGAAAUAAAAAGGAAUAAGAAUACAGACAAGCAUGGAAAGUGAGGACACAAAGAAAAUACAAGAGGUGAAGACUGACCUGAACUUAUUAUUGGAGUGUCUAAAGUAUCAAAUGGACAACCCUUUAUCACAAAAAGAAGCAUUGGUCACUAUUUGUUCAAUUUGCCAACAAAACAGUGAUGCAAGUGUUUAUUUUCGGGAAAUUGGUGGUUUGAUGUUUAUAAAAAAUCUUGCAAAGUCAAGUGGACACAGCAUGGUAAAGGAAGCAGCCUUAUUUACAUUAGGAGCUGUUGCAGAAAAAAAUGUUUACUGUCAGCAAAGUUUGUGUACUUCAGAGUUAUUUGAAGAAUUAACCUUGUUCAUAUCUAGUGAUGAUUCAAACACAAAUUUGAAAAGAAUGUCUGUCUAUGUUAUUUUGGUUCUGGUUUCAAAUAAUCGAAGUGGACAAACACUUGUGAGAGAAACAGGUUGUAUUACAAUUUUGUCACAGUUGUUCAGGACAGUUCUUUCAAACUAUGAGUUCAAUUUGUCAGAUAAAAAUGUUUUCCAGAAGUAUCAGUUGUGGUCUUCAGUAUGUAGUACUCUGUGUGUCUGUGUCAACAAUCCUCAAAAUGAUGAGAAUCAGAUGUUUUGCUGUUCACUUUUUCCACAUGCUAAUGAGUGGCUAAUAAACUGCAUGAAACCUGAGAUAAUUCGCCCUAUUUGCUUAUUUAUUGGACUUACUCUUGCAAAUAACACAUAUGUUCAGAAAUACUUUGUAUCUGUGGGUGGAUUGGAUAUAUUGUCUCAAGUGCUUGUACAACUGGAAUCUGAUUCACACGAGACUCCUUCCUAUGCUAAGCUUGCAGUCGUAGUAGCAAAGACAAUGGAUGCAUGUAUUGCUGAUAAUCCUAUUUUUGGGGUAGUAUUAUCCAAGCACUGCAUUGUUUCAAAACUUCUGGCAUUGCUACCUCAUGAAAGUCUGGAUUCAGGAGAAAAAUUUAGCAUCAUCCUUGCUCUUGGUCAUUGCACAGAGGAUUGUGAGGAAAAUCAGUAUGAUCUUUUAAAAAACAAUGGACUUCCACUCAUGAUACAAAUUUUAACUGAAUCUCAGAAUGAGGAACUAAACAAAGCUGCUACUUUUGUGCUUUAUAACUGCAAAAAGAUUACUGAGAAAUUAUCUCUAAGUCUAGGAGAGUAUUCUUUUGAUGAAAAUGAAGCAGAACAAUUACAGGACAUAAAUGUAAAACAAAAUAAGCUUGAAGAGCACUGGAAAACAGCAAAGGAAAUCCUGCACAAAAUAGAUCUGCUUGAAAGAGAAGAAAAUAAGGGAAAUAUACAAAGAGGAAAAUAUAAGAAUAUUUCAUCCACAAAAAUAAAUAUUCAAGAUACACUGAAACAUCUCCAUGCAGAUACUGAUGGAGGUACCACAGCAGAAGAUAAGGAUAAAAACCAACCUAGAGAGCUCCAGAGCUUUAAGUACCCUGGAGUCUUUUCUAAAGCUUGUGCAAGUGAUGACCAAAAAAAGACUCCGUUAAAGAAUGCAAAUCCAGUUAAUGCAUUCUAUGCAGACAGAGGGCAAAAUAAAGCUUUGAACAAAGCCACUUCAAGCUGCAAUCAAAACCUAUAUGAAGAGACAACUUUUAACAAAAAGAAUUUUGUUUCUCAGUCAAGUGACCAUGCUUUUAAACAUCCAACUCACAUCGUCAAGAAUACAAAACAGCAGUUACCAGAAACAGAUCCAUUUAUAUUAUGUUCGGACAUAAUAAAUAAAGAAAUUGUCAAUUUUCAAGCAACUGACAACUGCUCCAAAAUGUUAAAUUAUAGAUGCUCAGGUUGCAUAGCAGUAGGAAAACCCCUGAAUAGCCGAAAUUUUACCAAGCUCUUACAUUCUUGCCCAUACCAAUGUGAUCAUCACAAAGUCAUUGUGGAAGCUGAAGACAGAUAUAAAAAUGAACUAAGGAAAUCACUUAUCUGUAGCAAAAAAAUCCUGCUGACUCCACGUACAAGACAACUCAGUAUUAAAUAUACUAUACCUGGAGGAAUAAAAAAAAGAAGAACUCGUAAAGACUUUACUGAAGAAGAAGUAAAUUACCUUUUGCAUGGAGUUAAAAAAAUGGGCAAUCACUGGAAUUCAAUUUUGUGGUCUUUCCCCUUUCAGCAAGGACGGUUGGCUGUGGAUCUUGCACACAAAUAUCACAAAUUGGUCAAACCCCCCAAGUUUGCAGUUCCUUGAUUGAAAGAGGCUAUCAGAUUUUAGUUUGAAUUUUUAAAAAAUUAAUUAAUUUUAUUUAAUU